AUGGGAGAAGAUGAUUGCGAUAAAAGUGGGGUGGCAAAAAGUUGUAAUAUUAAUACACCUUACAAUGUUGUAGCUCCUAACUUAGGCAUGGAGACUUCUCCAAAUGAUGUUUCGAACUACAUUGACAUAUGUUUAGCUUCUGAAAUGACUAAUUUUAAUGGCUUAUCUAAAGUUUUCUCUAUAGAUUUUCCAAUUGCUCACCAGGAAAAACCAAAUGAUCAAGUCAAAAUUAUGAACCAAAAUGGUAACCAAGAGUUGUACUUACAUCCCAUUCAGCUAGCUCAAUUUAUCCAACAAAGCUCUUUUCCACCAUCACCAACAACAAUAGUGUGUAUGCCACCAAUAACUACAACACCUCAAGAAUUGAUUGAUCAACAAAAACAACUUGAUAUAAGGUCUAACAUUUAUCCUAAUUUCACUUUUUCCAUGAGGAAUCCUUUGAUCCAAACUACAACAAGUACAUCAAAACACCGUGAAGCAAAAAAAACAGUUGAGAAAAGCCCAAAAGGUGAGAACCUUUUCUUGGUGUCCUAUUCUAGUGAACACAACCAUGAUCUACCCAUGAAACAUAGAAAUCUUGUUGGUUGCAACACUAGUUUAAAAUUCAAUCUUCCAAAGGGCAUAAAUAUCGUGCCCAAAGCAUCAAUGUUGAAUGCAUUAUCAUCCUCUUCCAAGCGUGCUGAGUGUUUAAGAGAUGUUGCUUUUCCAAUAAUCCCAACUAUGCCUAUGCUUGAAAUCAGGAGCAAAAACAAAAUGGUUGAUGCGACAACAAAUAAUAGAGCUGAUGGUAAAGAGGACAUGAACAUGAAUGAAGAUAAUAUUAUGGGAUUUGAAGAACUUCAAGGAGUUAUUGCUUCCACCUAA